AUGAUCCAUACCAGCAUAAGCAGUAGCACGAAGCAAAGGAGAGAGAACAUCGGCAUGUGGCUACGAGUGUGGCUGAGAGUCGCGGGAGCUAGUUGCUUCGGGCCCCUCCUGGCGUUGCUGUGCCUCACCCCUGGUGGCAGUGGGCAGCGGCAGAUAACUCCAAUAAAGCAGAGGUCUUGGCUGUUGGCGUCAAUAUGGACAACUUCAAGUCCUCAAGCUUCCAGAGAACUAUUGAGGUACCCCGGACCGCCACUGCGAUCACUAUUUGCCUCCAUCUGCGAAUCCUCUUCUUACGCACCAACCCUUCCCCCAUAUUCUUCUUGCAGGACUCACCUUGUUCCCUGAGUGGUAAGUAGCCUGUGGUGGUGACCAGAGAAUGGCUGCAUCUUCCUUUGUCCCUUCCCGCAGACACAUCCAGGUUUCUCCAUUGUCGUCCCCUUAAUGACUUUCCGUCGUACCACUUCCCUCCACUUGGAUCACUGAGGCAGAGUUGUCCUGGACCACGUAA